AUGGCUUCUCAACAGACUCCCCAAAUGGCCCAGAACAACUCGCUUCCCCAGGAAAUGAUUGAGGCGGGAUUCCAGCCGUAUUACCAGCCAUAUCCAGGCCAGCAGCAAACCAUUGCACCCCCUCCGAUUGAGACGAGCAAACGCGCAGAGUUCACCAGGCUGGGAUUCUUUGCAGCUGCCCUUCUUUUGGGUAUCAUUGGCUUGGGUCUCUCUUUAUCAUCCCUUAGCGGCAGUGACAUUAGUGUUGCUAUUGCUGCUUUGCCUGCUUCCGCGCUCGCCACGAUAUGGAGUCUGGCCGAGGUCAUCACCAGAGCAGUCCGAAAGUUCAAGACGGGCAUCCACCCCGGCGCCCACGUCGGCGUGUGCCUCAUCAUCUGGAUGAUUGCCAGCGUCACCGGCGGCAUGCUCUGCACAUACGUCGCCCUGUACAACGGCUACGAGGACGACGACGGCUGCCAGUUCACCACCACCGACAGCCAGGGCAACACCAUCACAUACAACAACUGCGCGCCCCAGGAUCCUGCCCCCAGGGGCAAGAUUGUCGGCUCCGCCGUCAUCACCUGCAUGAUCUUCGCAAUCAACUUUGGCCUCUUCAUCGACGCCUGCAUCCGCACGCACAGGCGCAACACGGCCGCCAAGCGCCCCAUCAUGGUCAUUGCCCAGCCGCAGAACUGGCCUGCCGCCAGCCAAGGGUGGCAGCCGAUGCCGCAGAACGGUGCGUCUGCCGAGUCUGUGCAGAUGCAGCCCCCUGCGGCCGCGGCCAAGGAGCCUGUGGUUAGGGAAUACUACGCUCCGGCUUGA